AGAUCUCUCCUUCCACAAAACCCUUUGCUAGGUUUUCUCUUAUGGUAUCAGAGCCGCCGCUCUAAGGGAUUCCGCCAUGUCAGGUACUAGCUCACCGUCACCCAACACACCGCCGAACACUGGCAACGGAGCUAGAGUCAUCGAUCCACACAAUGUUCAGUUUGGGUCGUUUGGAGCUGAAGGAAACACUGGGCACUCAGGCAAUGCAGAGGUGAUCAUGUUUGGUAAUCCUCUCUACCUGAACCCUAAUGAGAAUCUGAGCCUACCCAUCGUUUCUAAGUUGAUGGAUGGCAACAACUAUAGCAUGUGGAGUAGAUCUGUGUUGAAUGUGUUAAAAACAAAACACAAAAUGGGUUUUGUGGAUGGGUCUCUACCCAGACCAGCAAUUCAUGACCCGCAGUUUCACCUAUGGGAUGGUUGUAACACAGUAGUGCUUACAUGGAUUUUGAACUCACUGAACAAGGAUAUAAGGCGUUCAGUGAUGAGGCAUGAUAAUGCCAAAGUUUUGUGGGAUGAGUUAAGGCGCAGAUUUGGUCAAUUAAAUGCCAACAGACUCAUCAACUUGGAAGACGAGAUACAUAAGUGCAAGCAAGGAACUCAAAGUAUAACUCAGUAUUAUACCCAAAUCAAAAGCUUAUGGGACGAGUAUACUGAGUAUAACCCCUUUGUGGCAUGUAAUUGCCUUCCAGGGAACAUCAAUCCAUGUACAGCUGUUGAAGCUUUUGAGAGAAAAUAGGAAACAGACUUACCUAAUUCGUUUUCUCAGAGGUCUGAAUCCUGAUUUUGAGAUUAUUAAGAAGCAGCUGCUGAUGUUAAAGCCUCUACCAACUGUCACCAUAGCAGUUGAUGAUUUACUACAAUAUGAACAAGAGCUGAAGGCUCAUGGUGGUACUAAGAAAGGGCAAUCAGUUGCCUUGGCUGUUGGAGGAGAAGGAACAAGAGACAAUGAGGCAACAGAUCAGGGUUCAGGGAAGAAGUUCUGUAGGUUCUGCAAGCGCACCAAUCACUAUAUUGAAGAAUGUUGGAGGUUGAAAAAGAAGAAAGAAGCUGGAGAGAAGGAUGGUAAAGGUCAAGCAGGAAACCAGAGAUUUGCUGGGUCAGUGUCUCAAGGAAGUUCCAGUGGGAGUGAGAAUCCUACAGAAGCAAGCUACACAAGUGACACUGGCACUGUAAGUAGAUCCACACUUGGCUUUACACCUGAGGAAAUGGCUAGAUUGAGGUAUAUGUUGCAGGCUGGUGCUAAUCAGCCACCCAUACCCAAUUCCUCACCUUCACCUCCUAGCUCACCUUCCAUUCGACACCAAGCCUUUUCUAUGUCUCGGUAUUUACCACCAUUUCCUAACUUUGAAGGUAAAUAUGUCCUUUCCUCCCAAGCAAGUGUUAAUAGCAAUCACUUAGUCAACUUCUGGAUCCUAGAUACAGGUGCAUCUGACCACAUUGCAUGUUCUCUAGCUUUAUUCAUUGAUCAUAAGCGAGUCCAUGACACUUUUGUGCACCUACCAAACACCACAAAGGUUCCAGUAACUCAUACAGGAACUGUAAAACUUCCAACAGGAUUGCAUUUGUACAAUGUACUCCUGGUUCCUAGUUUUUCCUUCAAUCUAGUGUCAGUAAGUAGGCUCACUCGUGACUUACCCUUAGCCUUACACUUCCAUUCUGAUCUUUGCCAAAUCCAGGACCUACUAAGCAAGACGACGAUUGGUUUAGCAAAAGAAUCUAGAGGACUAUACCAGCUUAGUUUUUCAAGCCCUUCACUCACACUUCCAGUCCACCUACCACAAGCUUCCAGUGUUUACAACUUCCAUCCUCACCAAGUUGAUCUCUGGCAUUGGAGGCUAGGACACCCUAGUAGUGAUAGGCAAUCCUUGUUACACAAGCUAGAUUCUACUGUUUCAAUUUCCAAAUCAGAACACAGUAAUGUCUGUCAUCUUUCUAAACACAAGAGACAACCAUUUCCUAUUAGUACCAGUACUGCAACAGAACCCUUUCAGUUGAUACAUAUCGACAUUUGGGGUCUUUUAUCAGUUGUUUCCUAUGAUGGUUAUGUCUAUUUUUUAACUGUGGUUGUGAUUGCACAAGAGCAGUGUGGGUUUAUCUUAUGAAACACAAAAGUGAAGCCAGAGAUUUGUUUAAAGGCUUCUGCCAAUUGGUUAAAAAUCAGUUUGGCACAACUGUCAAAACAGUAAGAAGUGAUCAAGGAAAGGAAUUUGAUAUGUGUGACUUUUACAUGGCUGAAGGAAUAGAGCACCAGAUGUCCU